AAAUGGCAGCUGUAUCAAUAACAAUUUCAUUUAAUGAACAUUUCGCCAGCCUAUGAGAAAAAAGACAUAGGAAGCAUAAGGGAGAAUGAUAAUAAAAUGAACUGAUUAUAAGUGUGUGAGAAUGAUUACAUUAGGCAGGGGUGCCAUGAGGAUUGGUAUGAUAGUGACCUUGUUGCUAAGUGCAAAAGCAAAACAAUGACAGAAACAACUGUGCUAAGUACUGAGUGGAGGAGAGAGAUGGAGGCAGACGCUGCAGGGGAAAAAAAAAUCUGAUUAAAAAGGGCCCUUUUAUUCCACAGCACAAAAAUCCACAGCCAGGAAUUUGCUACCACCUCUGAGUCAGGCAGGGGGUGGGGGUGGGGUGCACAAUCCCAUUAGUAGAGAAUGCCCAGUGGGUUUAGUCUUUGAGAGUCACAUUUCUUAUUUGGACCAGUGUAGACAGAAGUAAACCCAGCUCACUUGUUUCCUGGGACAGUUGAGUUAAGGGAUGGCUUUCACAGAGCAUUCACCGCUGACCCCUCACCGUCGGGACCUCUGUAGCCGCUCUAUCUGGCUAGCAAGGAAGAUUCAUUCAGACCUGACUGCUCUUAUGGAAUCUUAUGUGAAACAUCAGGGCCUGAACAAGAACAUCAACCUGGACUCUGCGGAUGGGGUGCCAGUGGCAAGCACUGAUCGGUGGCGUGAGCUGACCGAGGCAGAGCGACUCCAAGAGAACCUUCAAGCUUAUCGUACCUUCCAUGUUUUGUUGGCCAGGCUUUUAGAAGACCAGCAGGUGCAUUUUACCCCAACCGAAGGUGACUUCCAUCAAGCUAUACACACCCUUCUUCUCCAAGUCGCUGCCUUUGCAUACCAGAUAGAGGAGUUAAUGAUACUCCUGGAAUACAAGAUCCCCCGCAAUGAGGCUGAUGGGAUGCCUAUUAGUGUUGGAGAUGGUGGUCUCUUUGAGAAGAAGCUAUGGGGCCUAAAGGUGCUGCAGGAGCUUUCACAGUGGACAGUAAGGUCCAUCCAUGACCUUCGUGUCAUUUCUUCUCAUCAGACUGGGAUCCCAGCACGUGGGAGCCAUUAUAUUGCUAACAACAAGAAAAUGUAGCAGUUAGUCCCUUCUCUCUUCCUUUCUUUCUCUUCUAAUGGAAUAUGCGUAAUUCCGUGGGGCCUCGCUUUCCCAUCUUAAAUUUCUAAAAACGGUUAAGACUACAGGCAUUUUCUUUCUUUUUUCUCUGACCACCUGCAGCCUGUUGAAGGACUACAGACAUUUUCAUCAAGUAGCGUUGGAGACAUACACAAAUGGGCAUACAAGUUUAGCCUGGGGGGUGUGAUUGUGUGCGCGCGUGCAUGUGCUGCAGGUGUAAGAGAGUGGGAGCAGGGACAACAUCCUUCCACUUCAGGGUUCUAACCUUUGUAACCCACUAAGUAACCUCUACAGGCAUUUAACAGCCUUACAGACAGAAUAUACAUAUGUUAUUUCUAGUUCUGGAUGACUCGGUCUGAGAAGAUUCAAUUUAAAAUCAGACUCUUUAGUCGAUUUAAACUCUUAGAGAAUAAGAAUAAUAAUGGCCAACUUUUAUUAUCUUCUAUAUUAAGGCAAUAUGCCAAGGGUCUUUAUGUAUAUUAUGUAUAGCGUUUACAACCUUGUGAGCAAGGUGGUGUUACUCCCAUUCGGUAGAUGAGAAAACAGGCUCACAGAGAUUUGGUUAAGCUCACACAGCUAACAAGUGGCACACUGAGUUUGAACACAGAUCAUUCUCCUUGUAAAGCCUAUGUGCCUUUCACUUUAGAGGCUUGAUCAUGAAUCAACUGCACCUCUUGGUCACAGGGUGUUGGAAGAUGCAUCCAUGUAAUCUAUUCCCAUCGCUGGAAAACAGCUGCUGUUAGAUGUCCUCAGAAAUCAGUUGCAAAUUUUAGCGUUAAAGUCAGGAUUUGUUGUUCAUACUUGGCAGUGAGGAGGGCAGCUGGAGAUCUUAAGAUUCCAUUUUGGAAAGUGAUUAGACCCGCCAAACUUCUGAACUUUGGAAGCUGGGGAUGUUUAGUAAUACAGCCUGGUUUUAAAGUGCUCACUAAAUGUUCUCGAAUAUUGGGUUGGGCACAGGUUAUACCAGGUUACCUCACUUUUAAUUAGUGAUGCAGGCAGUGUAACCAAAGCAUUUGUGGACAAUGAGUGGAAUACUAAAGUUAAAAAGUCAUCAAACUUGCACCUCAAAUUUUCAAGACUUAGUCAUGAGGAGAGGGUGAGGCCCACUCUUUCUACUGGAGAUACCAGAGACUCUGAAACUAUACCUUAAAGCCUCUGUGCUGCACAACAAAGGGGCGGGCUCUGCUUUUAAUUUCUUGUAAGAACCACACAUAGUAUGAAAGUUUGGUCAAUGUGGACAUUAAUGGAAAAGGCCAUGUACUGGUGGUGCGAUGUGAAUCCAAAAAUUUUCAAGUGUGUCAUUUAUUUUAUACUUAUCAAUUAAAACUCAAGAUCAUGGAUUGGGAGACCAAGUUAAUUUAAUUAAUUGGGGCUUCUGUAUUCGUAAAUGAACCAUGAGUCACGGCUAACUCCCACAGGUUUCAUGAGGUGUGGAUGAGUAGCUUAGCUUGUAUCCUUUCUCACAUGGGUGUGUGUACAAAACUCCAUGAAGUCACUAUUACCAGAGUACUCUGGGCUAGGCAUUGUAACAGUUCAGGGAAAGUAAGGCCCUGCUUUCUAAUAUGCAUUUGUGGCAAUAUGGUUGUGGGUGUGUAUACACACACACGUACAUUACUGUGAUCAGUGAUGCAGACAGUGUAACCCAAGCCUUUGUGGACAGUGAGUGGAAUACUACUCAAAAAGUCACAGAACUCCUUCACCUCACAUUCUCUGGACUUAGUCAUGAGGAGAGGGUGAGGCCUACUCUAUUCUCACUGGAGAUACCAGAGAUUCUGUAAACACACACACACACACAGUCGAAAUUAUAAGUCCCAGGUUUGUUAGGAAGCUAAAGGAAGGAGAGGGGUCCAAAGUAGUUUCCUGGAGGAGGUAGGAGUUGUGUCUCAGUACAAAACUACAAAAUACUCUGUACUGGUUGAGUACAAAGUGGAAGUCAUGAGAGAAGGGAAGAGGUGGUCAUUUGUAAUUUUGGCACUGAAUGUAUAGUCUUAUUCCAUUCAAGCUCUCUCUUAAUUUCUUCUGCUGAACAGCAGCAUUCUCAAAUAAUAAAAUUUCUACUUAUUAAUAGGAAGCUCUUAGAGCUAUCUUGAUAAUACUUUUGUUCAAUGGAGAAAUAUGUCUACAAUUUCUUAAUGGGGAAUAACUGACUAUGAAUUUGCUGCAUCUAAAAUGACCCCAUCAAUUAUGCAUGUAAAAAUAAAUUUUUGAAAUUUUUUAAAUAAAAAAUUAAAAGACGUUGCCCCCAUAUUCCCUCCAUCAAAAAAAAGUUUUUAAAAAAUGAGUGUCCCCCCUCCCAGUGUUUUUAUGUUUAGCAGGUACAGCAGCAGACAUCUGCAGAAGUUUCAGAACUCAAUGGAGCUUGGCUUAAGCUCUCAUGAGUUGCAUGUAAAGGAAUAUGUAUGUAUAAGAGGUGGAUUUGAAGUGGCAGAGGGUCCACAAAAGGCACAAGUACUAACCACCGAAUGGGAGGAGAUAGAAAAAUGCGUAAGUCACAAUUAAGUCACAGAAUCACCAAGUCUUUACCAAGUGCAUUCUCAGCACUUUGCAAAACGCUGUGUACUUGUCUUUCAAGAAGCAUACAAUAUGCACCCAAAAGAAGUGUGGGGAAAGCUAAUCUUAGAAAAAGAUAAAGGGGAAAUGAGCAGUAAAGCAUGCAACAAAAAUCAACAUGUAUGAGAUCUGAAUGUGUAGACAUUGCAUCAUGUUUAUUUGAAAUGGAUAAAUAGAAAAAGGGACUGAAUGGAUUAGUGUUCUAGAUGUGUGUCUUAUAGUAAAGAAGAGGAUAAUGAUGACACUAUGGAAUUACGUUUUUUUAGGAAUAUAGAACCCCACGAAGAUUUUCUUCAUUAGGUUUUAUUCUGUUGAUCUGAUAUGGAUAAGAUCUCUGGGAAAUCAUAUAUGGUAUAACUAUAUAGAUUGAAUUAUAGUUUAAGGUACAUGGAUUUAGUUUCUAGCCCUAACUCAUUUUGUAAAAACAAUUUCUUCUGCCUCCUUUUCAGAGAGUACCUUCUGAAAAGUCCUCUGUGGUUAAAGAGAUCUUGUUUUCCUGAGUCAAGGAACUGCAUGGAUGAGAAUUUUUCUUGCAUUCAUGUAAGAGGGUGAUUUGGAAAAGGCUCACAGAUCAGCACAAACUUGAAGGCCAAGCAUGGAAUAAAAUUAGCCUUAAGAUAAUCAGGUUUAAGUGAAGUGAGAGUUUUAAUAAAAAUGGAAAAUGUAAAGUCAUAGCUCUGGUAUUGCUGUUAUUUCAGGCUGCUAUGGAUCAAUGCCCAAAGGAUGACUCAUUGUUGUGAUCACUUGUCAGACAGGGAGAGGACUAGUAAAUAUUUCAGGAAGACAUAUCUGAAAAGUUAUUUAGAUUGAAUUUUGUUUGCGAAUCCUCAGCUCCUCAUGAGGUACCUGAGCAUCUCUAUUUAGCGGUGAAAUAGAGACACAGGAAGCAGAGAGACCUCCACCAGGAUGUAAAGGGGAUUGGUAAAGAGGAAAGGGGUAGGGGGGAGGAGAAUUUGGAUUUCACUUCAGUUGUUUCUCUCUCUCUCUCUGUGUGUGUGUGUGUGUGUGUGUGUGACUAAUGUACUGUUAAUGUAGUGUUUAGGUCAGGACAUUUCUUAAAAGGAAUGGUUUGGCCUCCUGCCUCAUCCCACCUCCACUGCAAGCAUCAGACCCACCCAAGAAUGAGCUCUCUGAAUGUGGGUGCAUUCAAAGGCAAAAAACGAUAAAAACUUCAUUUCUUGGCUUCUGUAGCACUCUGAGAACUACAGAUAAAGACGGAAUAAGAUAAUUUGAUAGUUUGAUGAAGUGUCUGGGUGUGAGAUAAAAUCUAUGUGUUUAUGAUUCUUAACAUAAAAGAUAGUAUUUGGAUCAAUCUGGUUUGAACACAUAGAAAACAAAAGAUGCAAGAAUAGCUAACAAUAAAGUUCUUUUCUCAGCAA